AUGAAUAAUCGGUUUUCUGAAGCUAGCACCGACUUGCUAAAAUGCAUAGUGUGUCUUGAUCCAAGAAAUUCUUUCUCUGAAUUCAAUGAGCAUCAAGUCAUUCAUAUUGCUACUUUAUAUCCCGAGGACUUCUCUGCGAGCGAAUGUUUACAUCUUCCACGACAAGUUAGUAAUUUUAUUGCUAAUGUGUGGUGUGAUCCUCAAUUUGUUGCGCUUAGUGAUUUGGGAAGUUUUGCUAUGAAAAUGGUCAAAACUAAGAAGCAUUUAGUUUUUCCAUUGGUCUAUCGGAUUAUUGAGCUGGCCUUGAUUUUACCUGUUGCUACUACUUCUGCUGAGAGAACAUUUUCUCCAAUGAAAACUAUCAAGACUGAUUUACGAAAUCGAAUGGGAGACGAGUGGAUGAAUGACAGUCUAGUUGUGUAUAUUGAGAAGGAUAUUUUUUCAACGAUUGAUUACGAGCCGAUCCUGCAGCGUUUUCAAUCGAUGAAAAUACGUAGAAUUCAGUUGCUGCCGCUUUAG